UCUCACAGUGUCUCUAUUUUACAGAUUGCUGGUAUGGCUGAAAAGUCCUUAGAGCAAGGGUCAGUCUCCAUUCCCAUGGAAGAGACCAAGCGGGCGGGAGGAGCCCCUCCGGAGGCAGCCAUGUUGACCCACCUGAAGAAAGUGGAGAACCAUAUCACAGAGGCGCAGAGGUUCUCACAUCUGCCCCGGCGCUCGGCUGUAGACCUGGAGUUCACCGAACUUUCCUACACUAUUCAUGAGGGCCCCUGCUGGAAGCGGAGAGGUUGCAAGGCGCUCCUGAAAUGUUUGUCAGGGAAGUUUUGUAGCCGAGAGCUCAUCGGGAUUAUGGGGCCUUCUGGGGCCGGCAAGUCCACUCUCAUGAAUAUUCUUGCUGGGUACAGAGAGACUGGCAUGGAGGGACAGAUCUUAGUAAACGGGCGACUGCGUGACCUCCGCACCUUCAGGAAGAUGUCCUGUUACAUUAUGCAGGAUGACAUGCUGUUGCCGCACCUCACCACACGGGAGGCCAUGAUGGUUUCAGCCAACCUGAAACUAAACGAGAACAUGGAAGUGAAGAAGGAACUCGUGAAUGAGAUCCUCACUGCUCUAGGCCUGCAGGAGACUGCGCACACUCGUACACACUCUCUCUCCGGAGGUCAACGUAAACGACUGGCUAUUGCAUUGGAGCUGGUCAACAACCCGCCUGUCAUGUUCUUCGAUGAGCCAACCAGUGGUCUAGACAGUGCAUCCUGCUACCAGGUGGUUUCUCUAAUGAAGUCUCUUGCUCUGGGUGGAAGAACCAUCAUCUGUACCAUCCACCAGCCCAGUGCUAAACUCUUUGAAAUGUUUGACAAGCUGUAUAUUCUGAGUCAGGGGCAGUGCAUAUAUAAGGGCACUGUCCCAUACCUCAUCCCCUAUCUGAAGAACCUCGGUCUCCACUGCCCUACUUACCACAAUCCUGCAGACUUUAUAAUUGAAGUGGCAUCAGGAGAGUAUGGUGAUUUGAAUCCUGUGCUGUUCGAGGCAGUGCAGGGUGGCAUGUGUUCAGAGGGUGGCAAGAAGAACUCUAGUGACAAGAAUGAUCCUACAUCAUCCUGUCCAACUCAGUGUAACAACGAUUCAGGACACAUUGAAAAACAUACCUUUGCCACCAGCACGCUCACACAGUUCUGCAUUCUUUUCAAAAGGACCUUUAUCACUAUAUGCAGAGACACAGUAUUGACCCACCUGAGGGUGAUGUCACACUUGAGUAUCGGAGUUCUGAUUGGUCUGCUUUACCUGAACAUUGGCAAUGAUGCAAACAAAGUGUUCAACAACACUGGGUUUCUCUUCUUCUCCAUGCUCUUCCUCAUGUUUGCUGCAUUAAUGCCCACUGUUCUCACAUUUCCUCUGGAGUUGGCAGUGUUUAUAAGGGAGCAUCUGAACUACUGGUACAGUUUAAAGGCGUACUAUCUAGCCAAGACCAUGGCUGACAUUCCAUUCCAGAUCAUAUGUCCCAUAAUAUACUGUACUAUAGUUUACUGGAUGACAACGCAACCUCCAGAAGCGGGCAGAUAUCUGCUUUUCAUGGCUCUGUCCACCUCCACUGCCCUGGUGGCUCAGUCUCUGGGCCUCCUCAUAGGAGCUGCUUCCACCUCCCUGCAGGUGGCCACAUUUGUAGGGCCAGUGACAGCCAUUCCAGUCUUGCUUUUCUCUGGGUUCUUUGUCAACUUUGACACCAUCCCAAAAUACCUACAGUGGACCUCCUAUGUUUCUUAUGUCAGGUACGGCUUUGAGGGUGUGAUCCUAUCGAUUUAUGGGAUGAACCGAACAGACUUGGAGUGCCCAGGCAUUGUCUGUAAGUUCCAGAAGCCUGAAGAGGUGCUGCAGCUGCUGGACGUAGAAGACGCAAAGCUCUACGUGGACUUCAUAGUGUUAGGGGUUUUCUUCCUCAUUCUUCGGUUAGCCACUUAUCUUGUGCUGCGAUACAAAAUCAAGUCCGAACGUUAGGGCUUGACAUCAGCUACUACACUUGUUUUAAUUUGACACACAUUGACGUUAUGUUUUGGAUCACAGUUAGUCUAUGUUGUGGAGGCAAACCUGUGCAAUGUUCUCCAAACUCUUUGUUCAAGGAUGCAAAUGGAUUUUUUUUUUCAAAUUGACACUCCUUUUAAGAUUUCAGUUCCUUUCAAUUAGAUAAUCAGGUGUGACAGCACAGGGUCAAUAGUGCCAGUGGAAAGCUUGGUAGUUUUGUUUUUUUUAAAUGCUUAUUUAAGUUUUCCAAUCUUAUUUCAUGCAGCGUUCUUGUAUUAGAUACAGUAUAAAAUGAUGACCAAACUUUUAUUAUAAAUAAGAAGCAUGAAGGUUGGUGAAUGAAGUUGGAGCUACAGAGCAGCAACUGUCCCAACUGACAAUCUCUCACUUGCCCUGUAUCUGGUAUACGCCCUGUAUCACUCUCCUAAUGUGAACAGGCUUAAAUACGUACAAGACUGUAUAUGAGCAAGUGCCUGCCAAACAGCCAAAAAAAAGAAAAGAAAAAAAGACAAACCCUUCCACCAUUCCACUCAAUAUUUUUCUGUUGGCUCAGUUUCCAAAUUGUACUUUUGGAGUAACUGAAUAAUUGCAAGAACUGAUUUCACAUGACAAACACAAACAGAGUUGUCUUGCGCUAUUACUUUAUUGCCCUUGGUCUGGAAAGUCGUAUCAGCAUACCGAUGAGACCGUAUUUGUCAUUUCAACUAAGUCCUUCUUGGACAUAUUACGCAGCACUCUCUCACUUUGACCUACUGAAGUACAUCUAAUAAAACAAGGGACGAUGGAUCUACAUUAGUUAGAUCUGCUUUCCAUAGAUCUAAGGAACGACAGCACGUGCUUUUCAUGUGAGCUACCUUCGAAUGGGAACAGGGAAAUGGGUUACUGGAUGAACUCAAAUGAAAAACAAGUUCUGUCACAUUUUAUAACUUCUGUACUUUUAAUUCCCUUUCCAAAAGUGAAGGAGAUAAGUUGAUCUUAUACUUUUUAAUUUUUUCCCCCCCCUAAAUCCAUCUUAACGGAUUACUGGACACUGCGUGUAAUCCUGUUUUACUAUGAAAAACAUGAGCCGCUGCUACGCUGAACAUGAUGCUAAAGAAAUGAUUGUGAAUGCAAAUUUGGAAUAAAGAGCUUGAACUUAAUUUUGGAAAAAGGAAGCCAGUCUCACCAUCUCAAUGGAAACAUCUUGACCAAUUAAGAAGCUCUACUGUGAGCUUUCCUGUCUGGAUGGAAGAAAUGGAAGAGGAAGCAGUGCAUUCCUACCCUUUCCUUUACCGUACGAGAAAAUGCGUGUCCUGCUAGAGUUGGAACCCAACCCUUGGAUCUGCUUUGUUUGAAACUGUUCGCUCGACUCUAAUAACUGGAGGUCAUGUAAACUACUCAGUAUCAUUUCUGCCAUCAGCUCUGCUGUCAGCUGACCAUGUGUUAUCAAAAUGCUGGAUGGACAGACUGUGCCACCUUAUGGCUUACUGUAUACUGCUUGAUGGACUUUAAUGCCUAUUUAUGAGCACCUCCCUGUACUUAAAUGUGUAACUGCUUACUUUAUUCAGUCUCUUCAAUACUGCAAUGCAAUGCAAAUGUCUUACUCGAUGAUGGACAUGAUGUGGCUCUGGUUCAUGCUAUGUGUUAUGUCUGCUAAUAUACUGUACGUAAUUAUAAUAACCUGAGUAUAUAUACACACACAACAAAUGUAGAUGUGCAAUGCUGAUCUUUUUAUUUGAGAUUAAUUUGUAUUUAGUUUUAUUUUUAUAUGACUAUAACGUGCAGUGCUAGAGAUGGAUGUGAAAAUGUAACACGCAUGGUGACUUCGGAAUCAAAUACAUAUAGGAAUUUAUGUUACUCAUGAAUUAUUUCCACGACAUACUUCAGACAUUUUUUUUUUUUUACUAACUAGACUGUUCUUUUUUGGGGGGUUGUUUGGGUAAUUAUUUUAGCCAUAUUCUAAUCAGAGUAUGCUGUCAUUCCCAUGAGUAAAUUGGAUAUAUUGAAACAAGUGGUAUGGAAAUAAUCAGAAGGAGACGAACAGGAAGGAGACAGCAUUAGACCAUUAGUGCUCGCACUGAGUUCUGCUGAACGCACACAUAUGACUUACUGUAAAGUGAUGAUUGCUUUUGUCCUAGUACAAUCUCUACAUGCUGCUGCCUCAACACACAGCUUUAAGGAUAGACUCCGAGGGUCAUUGUGCAAUAAAAGUGUGAGGGAGAAACCGGUAAUUCAAGAUCAUAGUCAGUGGCGUGCACAGACAUUUUUGGGGGCAAGUGCUCUGGGGGGGAAAAAGGGCACUUUUUUGCGCAUGUGGAACACCUUAUUAUAAAAGUCUGAGAUUUAACCCUCCUCUUGUGUUCGGGUCGCCACUGACCCGUUUUAGUUUUUAAAGGUGUAAAACAACCACUUAAUGUUAAUUUAUUACAUCAAGGCUUUUUGACUUUGCCAGGAAUCUCUAGUUGAACAAAAUAGAAAACGAAAUUGGGGGCGGCACGGUGGUGUAGUGGUUAGCGCUGUCGCCUCACAGCAAGAAGGUCCGGAUUCGAUCCCCAUGGCCGGCGAGGGCCUUUCUGUGCGGAGUUUGCAUGUUCUCCCCGUGUCCGCGUGGGUUUCCUCCGGGUGCUCCGGUUUCCCCCAC